AUGUACAGAAGACAACAACAACAAGAGCAAGAAAUGUACAGAAAACAACAACAACAACAAUCAGAGCAAGCUUUCUUAAAAGAGCAAGAAGAGAAGAAAAGAAAGCAAGAAGAAUUAAUGAAGCAAAAAGAUCAAGAGUUAAAGCAACAACAAGAGCUCCAAAGAAAACAACAACAACAACAACAACAACAACAACAACAACAACAACAACAACAACAACAACAAUCAACAAACUACCCAAAUUUUAACCAAGUCCAUUCACGUUAUAAUGCCGGUAGUCUCCCAAAAUCAAAUCAACCACAACAACACCCACAACAACAGCAACCAAGCCCACAACAAAAUUCCCCAAGAACACGUUCAAAUGAUUAUCCAACAUAUAAUAGAGAACAAUCACGUUUUAAUGCUGCUGGUACUACAUCAAACAAGACUCAACAUCAAUGCCCACAACAACCACAACAACCAUAUACACCAUCAAGGGCACAAUCUAGUUACCCAGCAUUCAAUAGUUCUCAUUCCCGUUUCAAUACCACUAAUGAACCAAAACCAACAGAUAUUCCAUCAAGAAACCAACAAAAAAGUGCACAUCAAGCAUCAGAAUAUCCAUCAUAUAACAAAGACCAAUCUCGUUAUAAAUGUGCAGGUUCAUCAAAUACUCCAAAUUUCAAUUCUGCUGAGGAAGAAAAAUUAAAAAGGGAUAAAGCAGAAAAGGACCGUAUUGAAAAGGAAAAAAGAGAACGUGUCGAGAAAGAAAAAAAAGAACAAGAACGUAUUGAAAGAGAGAGAUUAGAAAAAGAAAAUGUGGAAAAAGAAAGAAGAGAACAAGAACGUAUCGAAAAAGAAAAAUUAGAAAAGGAGAGUUUAGAAAAUAACGAAUGUUGUAUUUGUUAUAUAAAAUUAAAUACCACCAAUACCUCCACUAUCGAAGUUUGUUCUCACACUUUUUGCAAUGAAUGCAUCCGUAAAUGGUGCAAAUUAAAUAAUAAUACUUGUCCAUUAUGCAGAAAGUUUUUUUUUUUUAUUCAAAGAGAGGGUCAAGUCAAAGUAUCAAUAUUUGAUGUCAAAUUAGAACCAUUAGAACAAGCCAACGAAUCCGUUAAUGGUUCCAAUGAUAAUAAUUCUGGUUAUGAUUCCGAUAAUGAUUCCGAUGAAUCAGAUUCCCAUUCUGUUCACAAUGAUCAAUCAGAUUCUAGAAACAAUUUUAAUGAAGAUGACUAUCUUCCAGAUGAAUUUUUUACAAAUAAUAAUAAUUCAUUUGAUAGUUUUAACUCCGAAGAAUCUGGUGACUACAUGGAUCUCGAUUAA